CUUAAGGAAGGUGGUCACUUCCGCCCGCCCACUUCGGAACUUUACAUUCCCGCUCGGGUUUCCGCUGAGACAACCAGAGUGCCAAGGCGGAAGUAGCGUGAGCGUGUAGGCGGGGCUAAGUGCAAUAAUGUCCGCGGCCUUGCUGCGGCGGGGCCUGGAGUUGCUGGGGUCCCCCGAGGACCCUCGAGCCGCUCCAGGCCAGGCCAAGCCGAACGGGACUCCGGUGAAGCGGGACCGGAAGGCGAAGGCGACCCAGGCCGGGAAACUCCGGAACUCGGCCAAGGGAAAAGUGCCCAAGUCAGCGCUCGCUGAGUUCCGGAAGCGAGAGUGUCAGAACCACCUUGGAGCGAACCUAAAGUUUAUGACCAGUGCAAGAAGCACUGUGCCUGAGUCCGUCACCCAGCAGAUUUUACGCCAGAACCGGGGCCGCAAAGCCUGUGACCGACCUGUGACCAAAAAGAAGAAGAAGAAGGCUGAGGGCACUGUGUUCACUGAGGAAGAUUUCCAGAAGUUCCAGCAGGAAUACUUCGGCAGCUAGGCUCCUGGAGGGCACCGUGGGAGAGGCGCUGAGGCCCGGCCUCCUCCUCUGGCCUCGCCGCCGCAUCUGGCCCUAGGACCCUGCCCCGCACAGCGCGGCCGGGGAACUCAAGGCAGGCCUGGAGCCACAGCCAGCGCAGGGAGCUGGGAGCCUGCGGAGGAUUUAAACUCGAACAGGAGGUCCGCAGGCUUGGCAGGAGCUACCUACCUGCCAGAAGAGAACACUUCUUUUUGUUUGCUUUGCCCCAAGUAGGGCCUCUUGGCUGUUUGCUGUGGAGAGGCCAGUUCCUGGGCCCUGGGGGCCACACCUGGAGGAG